CCAGCCUGCACUCUCCAAGCAGCAAGUGCUCACUCGCUCAUCUUCUUCUUCUUCUUCCUCUGGUCGCUCGAUACCGAGGUGGAGGAAGGAACACCUCUAUUAUCUAGCUGAAGAUGAGUGCCGGCCAGAUGAAGAGGGGCUUUGUCAGGCUCCUGAUCCUGGUGCAGGUGGCCGCCGCCCUGGCCGGUCCCGUCGCCGGCGAGCUCAGCAUGGGCUACUACGGCAUGACCUGCCCGUUCGCGGAGUACAUCGUCCGCAACGUCGUCGGCGAGGCCCUGAUGAAAGACCCCACCCUCGCCGGCAGCCUCCUCCGGCUGCACUUCCACGACUGCUUCGUGCAGGGCUGCGACGCGUCGGUCCUGCUGGACUCGGCGGACGGCAACACGGCGGAGAAGGACGCGCCGGCGAACCAGAGCCUGCGCGGCUUCGAGGUGAUCGACAGCAUCAAGGAGGCCGUGGAGGCGCAGUGCCCCGGCGUCGUCUCCUGCGCCGACGUCCUGGCGCUGGCCGCCCGCGACGCCGUGUUCAUGGCGCGCGGGCCCUACUACGGCGUGCCCCUCGGCCGCCGCGACGGCACCCGCUCCGUCGCCUCCGACACCUUCCUGGCGCUCCCGCCUCCGAUCAACAACGUGACGCUCCUCAUCCAGAUCUUCGCCAACGUCAGCCUCGACGUCCACGACAUGGUGGCGCUCUCCGGCGGCCACACGCUGGGCAUCGCGCACUGCGCCAACUUCAAGGCCCGGCUGCAGGCGGAGACGGAGACGCUGGACUCGUCGCUGGCCACGUCGCUGGGCUCCGUCUGCCAGGGCGGCGACUCGGCCACGGCGCCGUUCGACCGGACGAGCACCCGCUUCGACGCCGUCUACUACCGGGAGCUGACCUCGCGGCGGGGGCUCCUGAGCUCCGACCAGGCGCUGUUCGAGUCGCCGGAGACCAGGGAGAUGGUCAGCAUGUUCGCCAUGAACCCGUCCUACUUCUUCUACGCGUUCCAGCAGGGGAUGUACAAGAUGGGGCAGAUCAACCUCAAGGUGGGCGACGAGGGCGAGAUCAGGAGGACCUGCAGGGUCAUCAACUCCUAAUCCAUCGAUCCACACAAGCAGCAAUGCACUGCCCGUACGUCGGUCUCUUUGUCAGCAAGUGUGUGAAACCAUGUGCUUCUACAUAGGUGUGGUAUAUGCAUGCAUGGCUUGUGCAAAAGUAAAACAAGCAUGCAUGGCACUGGUGAACGAUCCAUGUGCCCAGCAUGCAUCAAGGUAUGUAAGACGCUGAAAGCAAAUAAUGGGAUGGUGUAAUAAUACUUAUUAUGUACUGUGGCAAAUUAUAAUAUGAUAUGACUGGAUAAUCAAGGAUUCGCAACAA